UGGACAACGAUAGGAGUCAGAGAUAAUGAGAUAUUACAGAUGUCAAUUUUCAUCGUUGCAGGUUUUGUUUGCCCUGACAUUGGUUUUUAGUUGUUCAUUUAGUCUUGUUUUUAAUACACAGUUUGACAAUUUAAGAAAUAUGUCCGUACCAGAAUUAAAGGCAUUGGUACGGGCAUGGUAUAGAUAUUACACAAUUUUAGAACAACGAGGACUUACAACGGAAAACGAUAGGCGUCAAAUGGAACAGCUGUUAAGAAUGAUUGCACCAAUGAUGAGAACAAGAUCGUUAAAACGAACAACAUCAACACAUCUACGAUUACCACACAUAUCUUCAACGACCAAAACGGAAUAAAUGGACUGUGA